GGCGCUGACGUAUCAGGUGAACGCUGUGGGAAAGCUGGACACCACGAGCAGUUUGAAUACAAAACAAAACGCCAGCAUGGCCAGUGAGAAAGUUUCAGUCCUGUGCGGAGAGGAGGACGAAGCUCUGGAAUACGACGACGACGAGUACGACCUGGAGGCGUUUUCUGAUGCCGACCUGAGCUGUGAGGACAGAGCUCCAGGCUUCAGUGAUUCCGUGAAUGGUGUGGUCAAACCUCGUAUUUUGUUGAUGGGCUUGAGAAGGAGUGGGAAGUCCUCCAUCCAGAAAGUGGUUUUCCAUAAAAUGUCUCCCAGUGAGACUCUGUUCCUGGAGAGUACUAAUAAGAUCUGCAGAGAGGAUGUCUCCAGCAGCUCCUUUGUCAGUUUCCAGAUCUGGGACUUUCCUGGUCAGAUUGACUUCUUUGACCCCACUUUUGACUACGAAAUGAUCUUCAGAGGCACUGGAGCAUUGAUCUUUGUCAUUGAUUCACAGGAUGACUAUGUGGAAGCUCUGAGUAGACUGCAUCUCACAGUGACCAGGGCUUACAAAGUAAACCCAGAUAUCAGCUUUGAAGUGUUCAUUCACAAAGUGGAUGGCUUGUCUGAUGACCACAAGAUCGAGAAGCAGAGGGAUAUCCACAAACGAACCAACACUGACCUCACAGAUGCAGGACUGGAGCAGAUACAUCUAAGCCUUUAUUUAACCAGCAUAUACGACCACUCCAUAUUUGAGGCCUUCAGCAAAGUGGUCCAAAAGCUCAUCCCACAGCUGCCAACGCUGGAAAAUCUGCUAAACAUCUUUAUAUCUAACUCGGGUAUUGAAAAGGCCUUCUUGUUUGAUGUAGGCAGCAAGAUUUACAUCGCUACAGACAGCAGUCCAGUAGAUAUGCAGACGUAUGAACUGUGCUGUGAUAUGAUUGACGUGGUCAUUGACAUCUCCUGUAUUUAUGGUAUGCCAAACACUGAAGCUGGUUUACCCCAUGACAAAGACUCUAUGGCCAUCAUUCACCUGAACAACACCACAGUCAUAUACCUGAAAGAGGUCACCAAGUUUCUUGCCAUGGUCUGCUUCCUCCGCAAGGAAAGCUUUGCUAGGAAAGGACUGAUUGACUACAACUUUCACUGCUUCAAAAAAGCCAUCCAGGAGGUUUUUGAUGUUCGCGUAAAGGUUCAACAGAGCCGAAAACUCCUCAACCAAAGGAGGUGGAGUAAACUGACUCUGACCAGCGGAGUGUGCAGCAGCACCCACUAACAACUGUACCUGAGCUGCACCCUGAUGGGGUUUUUAAAUUGUUUUCUUAGUGUGAAUCAUUUGCUCCAUUCAGCCCCCCAGUGUCUUCCACUUGCCUAUUUUUACUGGGCAAAAAGAACACAAGAAAACUAAACUACACAAAAAA